UCUGGUCUGGGCUCUGGGGCUUGUCCCGAGAGGCCGAAUUGGUGCGGGGGCGGGAGUGGAAAGGUGGAAUUGUGGGAGUCGCAAGCUGGUCAGCCUUUCAGCUCUUUCCAUCUCCUGUUUUCUACUCUGCACGGAUCUUUUGAGACCUGGUUCCUGCACUAAAAGCUUCCUUUGAGCCCAGCGCACUUUAUCUCUGUACGCUUCUUUGUCUGUAAAAUGGGGACAGUGACCCCUAUGUUAAGAGAUUACCUGAGUAAGCGAGCGAAAAGUGGCUAACACUAACCCUAAGGACCAAAAGAAAGGAACUGGGUGCGCGUUUUGCGGGAAGGGUUCUGUGUAUGACGUGUUGUUUGGGUGAGGGGAGAUCGAGAGUGUAGGAGGGCAGGCGGAGGUUCAGAUGAGCUGCAGCUGUGUGAGAGCUGAACACAAGAUGUGCUGAGAUCACAGAAAAGGGAAAAAAGGAGCUGGUCGCUGUCGGCUAAGCAAGGUGGGAGCUGGCCGGCGUCCACCUCCAGCUCGAGUAAGGGUGGCUGUGCGACUGCGGCCAUUUGUGGAUGGAACAGCUGGAGCAAGUGACCUCCCCUGUGUACGGGGUCUGGACAGAUGUUCUCUAGAGAUUGCCAACUGGAGAAACCACCAAGAAACACUCAAAUACCAGUUUGAUGCCUUCUAUGGGGAGAGGAGCUCUCAGCAAGACAUUUAUGCAGGAUCAGUGCAGCCCAUCCUAAGGCACUUGCUGGAAGGGCAGAAUGCCAGUGUGCUCGCCUAUGGGCCCACAGGAGCAGGGAAGACACACACUAUGCUGGGCAGCCCAGAGCAACCUGGAGUGAUUCCCCGGGCUCUCAUGGACCUUCUACAGCUCACAAGGGAGGAAGGUGCUGAAGGCAGGCCAUGGGCCUUGUCUGUCACUAUGUCCUACUUAGAGAUAUACCAAGAGAAGGUAUUAGACCUCUUAGACCCUGCAUCAGGAGACCUGGUGAUCCGAGAAGACUGUCGAGGAAACAUCCUAAUUCCAGGCCUCAUGCAGAAGCCCAUCACUAGCUUUGCUGAUUUUGAGCAGCACUUUCUGCCAGCCAGUCGAAAUCGGACUGUGGGAGCCACCCGCCUCAACCAGCGCUCCUCCCGCAGUCAUGCUGUGCUCCUGGUUAAGGUCGAUCAGCGGGAACGUUUGGCCCCAUUUCGCCAGCGGGAGGGGAAACUCUAUCUGAUUGACUUGGCUGGCUCAGAGGACAACCGGCGCACAGGCAACAAGGGCCUGCGGCUGAAGGAGAGUGGAGCGAUCAAUACUUCCCUAUUUGUACUGGGCAAGGUGGUGGAUGCACUGAACCAGGGCCUCCCUCGUGUACCUUACCGGGACAGCAAGCUCACUCGUCUGUUGCAGGACUCUCUGGGUGGCUCAGCCCACAGCAUCCUCAUUGCCAACAUUGCGCCUGAGAGACAUUUCUACCUAGACACAGUCUCUGCACUCAACUUUGCUGCAAGGUCCAAGGAAGUGAUCAACCGUCCUUUUACCAAUGAGAGCCUGCAACUUCAUGUCUUGGCACCAGUUAAACUGUCUCAGAAAGAACUGCUAGGCCCAUCAGAGGCAAAAAGAGCCCGAGGCCCUGAGGAAGAAGACAUUGGGAAUCCUGAGCCCCCAGCAGUUCCAGCCUCUGCCUCCAGGAAACUCAGCCCCCUACAGAAGCUAAGUAGCAUGGACCCGGCCAUGCUGGAGCGCCUUCUAAGCUUGGACCAUCUGCUGGGCUCCCAGGGGAGCCAAGGGACCCCUCUGCUGAGCACCCCAAGGAGAGAGCGGAUGGUACUUAUGAAAACAGUGGAGGAAAAGGAUUUGGAGAUUGAGAGGCUUAAGAUGAAGCAAAAAGAACUAGAAGCUAAGGUGCUGGCCCAGGAGGCUGCGGACUCAAAAGAGAAAGAGAAUUGCUCUCCCACAGUGCUCCGACCCCUGACCCACCGCACAGUCACAGUGGCGAAGUCCUUUAAAAAGGCUGUGGUGAUGCCCUUACAACUAAUUCAGGAGCAGGCAGCCUCCCCACAUGCCAAGAUCCAUAUCCUGAAGAAGAAAGGCCGGAAGAGAAAGCUGGAGUCCCUGGAUGCCUCAGAGCCAGAGGAGAAGGCUGAGGACUGCUGGGAGCUACAGAUCAGCCCGGAACUAUUGGCCCAUGGGCGCCAAAAAAUACUAGAUCUGCUGAACGAAGGCUCAGCCCGGCAACUGCGCAGCCUGCAGCGCAUAGGCCAUAAGAAAGCCCAGCUCAUCGUGGGCUGGAGGGAGCUUCACGGCCCUUUCAGCCAGGUCGAGGACCUGGAACGCGUGGAGGGCAUAUCUGGGAAACAGAUGGAGUCAUUCCUUAAGGCGAACAUCCUGGGUCUCGCAGCAGGCCAGAGCUGUGGCCCCUCCUGAUUUCCAGCUCCUCUCCUGACUCUGCCGCGUUGUUGUUUUUCUUUUUUAAAUCCACGGAUAACCGCUUGUCAUGUAAAUACAGUAUUUACUCCUA